CUUUUGCCCCGCUUGGAAUUUCGCGAUGCAACUUGGUGGCUGAGCUGCUGCUGCUGUACAUGACGGACAUCUACCAGCAGCGGGAGCAGCGUGGCCAUGUGCAGGAGCUUCAUCUUCCAACUCCGAUAACUAACCUGCAGUACGUGGGAGAGAAUAGGUGUGUCAGUGGGACGCCGUGGUCACGUGCUCGAGAAACUGCGUCGGAGUCAACGGGCCGAGUGAAAAUCGUUCUCCAAUGGCGCUGUGGGCCAAGACACAAUCACUUCCUCCAGAGGCAUUGCAGCAGGUUCGAGCCAUUUAUACAGACCGCUUCCCUAUUUAAGUACGUCAUAUCUUAGCAUCAUGGAUCGAAGAAAAAAUGUGGUGUUUUGAGAUUGAGGCAGAUAAUCCUCAUCAUGGGCAGUAUGCUGCAAGUACUGUUGUGGCGGAUUUAAUUCACCUACUGGAAACAAAGGCUAAUUCCAUGAAUUCAGAGGACCUCUUAACAACAAAGUUUAUAAUAAUGGACUUUGCUGAUGCUGUCAAGCAACGCUAUGCUCGAUGUCCUCUGGAUUUGUUUCGGCUAGUGCGCCAUUGCCUGAAUUCAGAGUUUAAAGUUAUACAACAAGUAGAAAAUGUCCCGAUGGGCUCAAUGACGCCUGGACCAGGUUUAAUGCCAGACUCAGCUGCUGUAAUAGCACAGCAAGUAGAUGUCUUAAGGCAUCGCACUACAGAAACUGGUACACUUCUCCGACAAGUGGAACAGGAACAAGAGAAUUUUGCCCUCCACUACCAUGAGUGCACCAAACUAAAAGCUCAUCUUCAACACCUGCAAUCACAGCAAAUAAAUCAACAAAAUAUAGAAUUGGAAAAAACGGUUAGGCGCCAAAAAGAUAUUUCAGAACAAACUUUAAAUCAAAAGGUAUCCAGUCUUCUUCGGCUCAGACUUCAACUAUCUGAGAAACUCUCAGAGACGGUGACGCUCCUUGUAACCUUGCAGUGCUGGGUUUUAGACGAAGAAUUGAUCCGAUGGAAAAGAGAGCAGCAGCUUGCAGGAAAUGGAGCUCAGUUCAACAGUAAUUUGGAUUGUAUCCAAGAUUGGUGUGAAAGUCUCGCUGAAAUUAUCUGGCUCAACCGCCAACAGAUCAAAGAACUGGAGCGCUUGAAACAGAAGUUGACAUUGGAGCCACCGGGUGUUGUUAAUGUCUUGCCAAAUCUAUGUAUUCAAAUUACUGAGCUUCUUUCAUCUCUAGUCACAAGCACUUUUAUUAUAGAAAAGCAACCUCCACAAGUUAUGAAAACCAACACUAGAUUUACAUCUACUGUUCGCUUAUUGGUUGGAGGUAAACUGAAUGUUCACAUGACUCCACCCCAGGUCAAGGCAACGAUCAUUAGUGAAGCUCAAGCAAAUGCACUUCUUAAAAACGAUAUUGUUGCUAAAGGAGAAGCCGGUGGUCAGAUUUUGAACAACAUCGGGACAAUGGAGUACCAUCAGGCAACACGUCAACUGUCAGUUAGUUUCAGAAACAUGCAACUGAAGAAGAUAAAGCGGGCCGAGAAAAAAGGAACUGAGUCCGUAACGGAUGAAAAAUUUUCACUCCUGUUCCAAUCUCAAUUUUCAGUUGGUGGUGGUGAACUUGUAUUCCAGGUGUGGACCUUAUCUCUUCCUGUUGUGGUUAUUGUCCAUGGAAACCAGGAGCCCCAUGCGUGGGCCACUGUCACUUGGGACAAUGCUUUUGCGGAACCGGGUCGUGUUCCUUAUGCUGUACCUGAUAAGGUCUCGUGGUGCCGCGUAGCUGAAGCACUCAACACGAAAUUCCGCUAUGCCACUGGAAGACCUCUUACAGAAGCAAAUUUGUGUUUCCUUGCAGAAAAGGCAUUCGGAAGCCCAAACACGUCAGAUCUCCAAAACCAGAUGCUUACAUGGUCACAAUUUUGUAAAGAACCACUUCAAGAUCGCAGCUUCUCAUUUUGGGAAUGGUUUUACGCUGUCAUGAAACUCACAAGAGAACACCUGCGAGGGCCUUGGACGGAUGGGCUUAUUUUGGGCUUCAUCCGAAAGAAACAGGCGCAGGAUAUGCUUAUUGCGACCAACACAACGAGCACCUUCCUUCUACGAUUCUCAGAUUCUGAACUUGGUGGCAUUACCAUAGCAUGGGUUGGAGAUGGAGAGUUAGGUUCUCAGGUGUUCAUGUUGCAACCCUUCACUCACAGGGACUUUGCCAUCCGCAGUUUACCAGACCGCAUUGCUGAUUUGCAACAUCUUGUUCACCUCUAUCCUGAUAUCCCCAAAGACCAGGCCUUUGGGAAGUACUACACGCUACUUGAGGAUCAGCCAACUUCAAACAAUGGUUACGUGAAACCUUUCUUGGUGACCCAUGUUCCUGGCUGGGGAGGGCCUGGUCCAAGUUCCACUCCAAGUUACCCCAACACACCCCCCGACAUGUUCCAAGCUCCAUCCCCCGAGGCAGGUUCGGCCAGAGACACUCCAUCUGUGGCCAGUCAUGUUUCUGACUCGGUAAACCGGUCCGUGGACUAUGAUCAAUUUCCACAACACUUCCCUCAGCUCUGGGCAUACACAUAAUGUCGUAGACCUGUAUCCAAGAAUUUACUUGUUGAUUGAAGAGCGAUUGUGACGUUGAUUGCAGUUUUGGCAUGACCAACUUUCCAGCAUAGAAUUUUUUUUCCUACAAGUAGUACCCAACCGAUUGGAACCCUACACUAUUUCGUCCUAGCAUGUACCCGGCAGUGUUGGCUGCAUAUAUUGAAUAGUUUCUUUUAAUGUGUGACGAUAGUAGCUGUGUCGCUAGUCUUCUAUACUUUGUAUGUAAAUAUUUAAACAAAAUAAAAUGUAUGGUA